AUGCUGCGACCGCAACAAGCUGGAACGACCUUGCUACGCUCUCUCCACAGGUACUUCUUGACCGCUUCACCAAAGGCGUGGAAAAGGGUCGCUCCUGGUGGGACAAUGGCAAGGAAGCACUGUGCAUGCCCGAAUCAGCGCACAGCAAGGAGGUCCGAAAGCCAACGGAGGAGGCUUCCCAUUGCAGGGGGAAUGAAGAAGCACCUCACAUGCCACCUCUCCGCAACUCGGAGAAGGAUGUGCUGGAAAACAGGUCUGAGGGCAAAGAAGAUGCACAGUGCCCUCCCGAAGCUCCCGUGUGCGAUGGGAAGGAUCAUGGACACGGCAAAUGACAGCACGCAGAGCUGCACUGCUACAGUAGGCGAUCAGAGUCAGCAACUUGAUGAGGGAGCAACUGCCAUCAUGUUGAGGCGGUUACCAUCCAAAUUGACGAUCGAGAGCUUGCUGGACAUCUUAAGCCAGUUCUGGCCAAGCCGCUACAACUUCGUCUACGUCCCCCAUGACAAGUCACGGGCGCGCAAUGUGGCCUUGGCCUUCAUCAAUUUCACGGACAGCGAAACGGUGAGGAUGGCAUACGACUACUUUCAGGGGCGCAGCCAUCCGAUGGACGUCCGGCUUGGGAGCCACAUACGUGUUUCCCAGGCAGAUGUUCAGGGUCUCAGUCUCAAUCUGGCGUACUUCGUUGCUAGGAGUGGCUUUGCCGAUAUGGACAAUCCCCAUGCUCCUCGAGUCUUCGAGAAUGGUUGGCGGGUCAAUCUGUUGGAGGCUGUGCAGAAGCAUGUGACAAUGGAACUGAUGGCACAGGCCGAGCCGGCUCCCGCCCCUCCGGAGGCAGAGGCCAUCGAAAGGUCAGCCGGGAAGCGCGGCUACCGAGAAGGAGGCUGUGUUGGGCCCACUGCUGCCACGGACAAGGCCGAGCGCUUGAAAAGCUUCAAGGAGAACCGGGACGUCUUCAGCAAACAUUCCAACGGCUUUGCCGGCCAGCAGAGCGACUUGAAGAGCCGAGUCUCCAGGCGUGAGGCCGAGGCGCUUCUGCAGCGCCUGACGGCCGGCCCGGCUUUGGGCCAGGACUUGGACGAGGUGAGGCGGUUGCGCAAAUUGGUCGAUGAUAGGUCCGCUUAG